AUGUCGUCUUUCUUCACGAUACCCGGCGCCAACAAGAAACGCAAGCGAACAGACGGCCCCGCGGCCCCCAAGAAGCGAAUUGCCGCUUCAAAGACGUCUAACAGAGCCCCUCCGAAAUCUGCUGCACCGGCCAAAGGCGGCAGCAAAGGCAAGAAGCCGACAGCGUCAGCACCAGCCUCCAAGAAGCGAAAUGAGCGCGACGACGACGACGAAUCGAUCUCGGGCAGCGACUCUGACCUCGAAAGCAUAGUCUCCGCCCCGGAGGAGAGCGACAAUGGCUCCUCUUCCGACGACGAAGACAACGCGGGCGAGACGGCCGCCGAGCGCCGGCUGAGGCUCGCCGAACGGUACCUCGAGAACGUCAAGCAGCAGGUGGACGAGGUGGGGUUCGACGCCGCCGACAUUGAUCGCGACUUGAUCAACGAGAGGUUACAAGAGGACGUGGCCGAGUCCAAGGGAAAAGUCUACCGCACCCUCGUCGACGAGCUCGCCUUUGACCGGGCGACCUCGUCCUUCUUCCGCAACAACACCGAGACCUUCACCUCCGUCGCCGUCAACGCGCCCUACGCCUACACCACCACCAAGGACAUGUACCUGCACAAGUGGAGGAUACAGGACCUGCCCCAGCACCAGUUCCCGCAGACGACCAAGAAGAAGCCCAAGAAGCCGCCAGCGCCGCCGCGCAAGAGACCCGAGCUCGAGAACUGGCUGAGGGGCAACCUGGCCCAGGCCCAGAAGAAGUCGUACCAGCGCCACGUCGAAAAGAUACUCUGCGUCGCGGCGUCGCCCGACGGCAAAUACGUCGUCACGGGCGGCCAGGACCGCAGGCUCAUCAUCUACGACGCCGAGACCCUCAAGCCCCUCCGCGUCUUCACCCACCACCGCGACGCCGUCACCGGCCUCGCAUUCCGCCGCGGCACAAACCAGCUGUACUCGUGUUCAAAAGACCGCACGGUCAAGGUCUGGAGUCUGGACGAGCUCGCCUACAUUGAGACGCUAUUCGGCCACCAGGACGAGAUUGUCGACAUUGACGCCCUCGCCCAGGAGCGCUGCGUGAGCGUAGGCGCCCGCGAUAGGACAGCACGCCUGUGGAAGGUUGCAGAAGAGACGCAGCUCGUCUUCCGCGGCGGCGCGGUGGACAAAAAGUCCCGGCCAGACGUUGACCCGCGCUCACUCCCGCACGAGGGCAGCAUGGACCGCGUGGCCAUGAUCGACGACGAGCUCUUCGUCACCGGCAGCGACAACGGCUCCCUGGCUCUCUGGAGCGUCACGAAAAAGAAGCCCCUCCACAUCUUCCCCAUGGCCCACGGCCUGGAACAGCCCCUCCGGCCGGACGAGGUCUCGGCCGACCACAACCCAGAUCCCAGCAUGGUGCCGCCGCCGCAACCGCGGUGGAUCACAGCGCUCAAGUCGAUCCCGUACUCGGACGUUAUCCUCAGCGGCAGUUGGGACGGCUGCAUACGGGUAUGGCGUCUAAGCGAGGACAAGAGGAAGCUCGAGGAGGCGGGGAUCCUCACAUCAGAAGCCGAGCAGCAGGCCUCAAAGGCUGCCAAGGGCAAGUCAGAAGGUGCCGCUGGCGGCUUGAAGGGCGUGAUCAACGACAUUGCCAUCUUUGAACGCGGAGAGCGCGGGCAGGAUGGCAUCUGUGUCGUAGCAGCAGUAGGCAAAGAGCACAGGUUGGGCAGGUGGCAGAUGCGCAAGGGCACCGCCAAGAAUGGAGGAUACGUGUUUGAGGUGCCAAAGGUGGUGAAAAAGCCGGAAGUCAACGGUAACCAUAAUGAUGCAUCGGAUUCGGGAAGCGAGUAA